UCCGUCGAAUUGAGAUUUAGUUGAUCGUAAUUAACUGAAUUCAGUGAUCGUUGGUCGAAUUACUGUAUUUAGUUGAUCGUAAUCAAAUACUCCGUCUUCUUCUUCAUAUUCUAUCCACGGUUCUUGUUUCCGCCAUUUCCUCGUCAGAUUUGUACCAAUUUCGCAGCAGCGGAAGCACCUACUUUACUAAUCGCGGUACUGGAAAACUAAAAUUGAGCUGCGACACAAACCCUCGAUCCUCUGUCUCCUAUCGAAGCAGAGUCGACUUAUUUAUUGCUUCGAUUCUCCAACUAUAUAGUAGAGGAGGUUCAGUGAUCUACUUCUUUCCACUGCUGUCUUAGAAUUGAGAUUAAGUGGCAAGUAAGAUUUUCCGUGGAAAAAUGCGUGGAGUUCAUCAAACAUUAAAUCAGAUGUCCAGGAAGUUGCAUAAACUGGCUAAUGGAGGUCCAAGUGAUACCUUGAAGAGGAAAGUUGCUGAACUAGAGAAGAAGAGAAAGAGAAGACAUCCCAAUAAAGACGACUUAUAUGUGGAUGUUCCUGAAUCAAGAGCCUGGCUUGAUACUGCAACCAUGCCACUGGUACUCACUGCUGUGGGUACGGCCCUAUUUGCGAAGAUCCUGAUGAUGCUAGAUGAGGCAAAUGCCCAGGAACGACUUGAGAAAAAGAUAAAAGAUGCCCCCGAGGGCCAGGGAACUGUCAGGAUGCUCACUCAAGAGGAGUGGGAAAAAAUGCGAGAAGUUCGGCCAAGGACUCCAUUUGAAUCUACAAUAGCGCGUCCAAAUGCAAAAAUACGGACUGGAGAACCUCUGCGCAAGGAAGAUGUUAAGGACUGGAGUGUAGAUGUCUUCACAAAUGCACUCACACGCGCUGAGGAAACUGCUAAACGUGGAACAGUUUAGGUGUGUGAUGUGCAGUAGGUAUUCCGGCUCACAUAAAUUAGCAUUACUGCACGGUAUGAAAGUGUGAAUUUUAUUUGAUAGACUUAUUUCAAAAAAGAAUUUUCUAUACGUCUACAAUUUAUAACCAAUUAAUGAUAUUGGUAACUAUUCAACAUUCCAAUCGGUUGUGUAUGGAAUUGUGGGCCUUCCUAUAUCAAGAAUGGGAUCCCAUCAGUACUCAUCCCAUCUUUAUUACUGCCGUAUAUGUACAAGUAUAUUUAUUUACAUUGUCUUA